AUGUCCGCCACGUACAGCGCCGCAAUACUCUGCUCUCAGGCUCAAGCUACGGCCUCAAGCAGACUUGCGGAUCUGGAGAAGGAGAGGGAAGAAAUAGCGAAGCAACGAGAUGCGCUGCUGAAGCAGGCUGAAGUUCUCGACCAAGAACUGUCGACCAUCCAGCGCGAACACGGUCGACUACACAAUACCGCCAUCUCAGCGGCCGGAAAGAUCCCUGACGAGCUACUUUCGCACAUCUUCAUCUACGCUGUCGAAGGUAGCCGCAACGCCCCUGACGCCUUCCCGAGGGUCUUCUCGUCGACGACCGGAAAGCAGCCCAGAGUUCCAUUGACAGAGGUCAGGAUCAGCCACGUCUGCUCUCGCUGGCGCGAUGUAGUCCUGGGUGAGGAACACCUAUGGGCUUUUUUCUCGAACAUAGGUCGCCCAAGAACCGAAGAUCACGCUGAACGACUGAGCGUCUAUGCAAACCGCUCCGGUGACCUUCCUCUCGAGCUAUGGAUCGACAUCGACUGGAAGGAGCCCUCGUAUCCUCAAAGACCAAGCCCCCUCGAUCCUCUGCUGGACGUUGCUAUCAGCUACGGACAGUAUUGGGGCUGUGUCAGCAUCCAUGCCUUCAUCUCUGAAGCCGCCCAAGGGACUAUCCUUGACCGACUUAUAGAAGAAUCAGCGCCUGACCUAAAGUAUCUCGACCUCGUAUUCUAUCCUGCGAACAAAAGCCAGUUUUACAACACGAUGCCAGCUGUGGAUGGGGCCAUGGAAGGUGUGGAAGGCACAAUCUUCCCCCGCAAUUGCGACUCCCUCACCCACCUCAAGCUCGGUGGCCCCAUCAUCGGCUGCGUCCCUCACAUGGAAAACGUCACCUCCCUCUAUCUCGACGGCACCUUCAACAGUGAACGUACAUCCAACGUCACAUUUGAAAUGUUCAGGGACCUGAUCACGACCCUCCCCCUCCAAUCGCUUACUGUCAUUGACAACUUCAUCAAAAUUGCGGAUGCACCCCCCAUUUUACCAGUUGAGGGCAUCGAAAUGGAGCACCUCAAGCAUCUGCGAUGGGGUAACCCAGUCAGAGGCUAUUCCACACCGGGGCUCACCAUUGCCCUGACCUGCUUCCUCGCAGCGCUCCGUGCGCCGUCGCUGGAGACUCUCACCUUCCUCGGCAUCGAACCUAUCAGUCCCAACACCGUUGUCAAUCUUUUUGCGGGACAAUCGAUGUUCUGGUGUCCCAAGGUCCAUACAUUCGCCAUUCUGAACAAUCGCGACUUCCCUCAAGAUGGCGAUUGGCUCCCGUUCGUGGCGCGGGGUACGCCAAACCUCAAAACACUUAUUGUGUAUGGGCAUGGUGCUGAACCUGUCAUGGAGCACUUGGCGGAGAAGAACCAUGGUCGACAACCGUUGUGGUCCCAUCUCGAGUCUCUCAUCGACAUCGGUAUCGACACGCCGGUAGCCAACUACGUUUCGUUCCUGCUGGCCCAAAAGAGGGCUGAACAUGGAGGGAACUUCUGCUUGAAGAUACCGAAAGACAGGCUGGACGAGUGGAAUCGCACGAGCACGACGGACAUUCACGAAGAGCUCAAGGGUAUAUGUCGUAUUGAUUACUGGGUUGCUGGGCGCGACUUUCCGGUGUUGGGUCCUUGGGAGAUUGAGGAUGACGAAGUGUUUAUUCGGCCUUCGCUGCGUGCGCGAGAUACGAGAUUCCUUAUUCAUGAACCGCUGCUUUAA